GUCACGUGGUAUUUCUAAACCAUGCCAUGCACAUUACAUUGACAAGAUAGGAGGAUAGUAAAGUAUAUUGUUGAGGGAAUGAGUAGGGGUUUGUUGAUAUAAAUUAAACACGUACAACUUUUCAAGAUUUAACGUGCAGGGUCACCUCUAGAGGGUUUGCGUGGCAAGAUGCCGCCGGUACAGGGUGAUUUGAAAACCUUAAUACAAGGUUAUAUAGAUAAAAAUAAAGUUAUGAUAUUCAGUAAAACAACAUGUCCCUUCUGUGCCAAGGUGAAAGAUUUAUUUAAAAGCUUAAAUGUUGAAUAUUUUUCCUUGGAAAUGGAUAAAGAAAAUAAUAUGGCAGAUCUACAAAACACAUUAUUAGAAAUAUCAGGUCAAAAGACUGUACCCAAUGUGUAUAUCAAUGGCACACAUUUAGGUGGUUGUGAUUCCACAUUAAAAGCACAUAGUGAUAAUAAGUUGUUACAGAUGAUAAAUGCACCUAAUGAGAAAUAUGAUUAUGAUCUAAUUGUCAUUGGUGGAGGAUCAGGUGGUUUGUCUGCUGCCAAGGCAGCUGCUGAACUAGGUAAAAAGGUAGCUUUAUUAGAUUUUGUUAAACCCACUCCACAAGGUACAUCAUGGGGUUUAGGUGGUACAUGUGUAAAUGUUGGUUGUAUACCAAAAAAAUUAAUGCACAGAUCUGCUAUUUUAGGUGAAGAAUUAAGUGAUGCCCAAAGUUUUGGUUGGGAUGUUAAAACAGAUGCCAAACACAGUUGGGACAAAAUGAGAGAUGCAAUUCAGGAUCAUAUUGGUUCAUUAAAUUGGAAUUACAGAGUUCAACUCCGUGAAAAAUCAGUGACAUAUUUAAAUGCUUAUGGAGAAUUUAUAGGACCGCACAGAUUAAAGACAACCAAAAAGAAUAAUAAAGUAGAAGAAAUAACCGGUGAAACAUUUAUAAUAGCUACAGGUGAACGUCCCAGAUAUCCAGAUAUACCUGGUGCUAAAGAAUAUACAAUAACCAGUGAUGAUUUAUUUUCUCUACCAUACUGUCCCGGUAAAACACUAUGUAUUGGUGCUUCAUAUGUAUCAUUAGAAUGUGCUGGAUUUUUAGCCGGAUUAGGUUUAGAUGUAACAGUUAUGGUACGAUCAAUAUUAUUACGUGGUUUUGAUCAACAGAUAGCAGAAUAUAUAGGCGAAUAUAUGUCUGAACACAAAAUAUUUUUCCACAGAGGUUAUGUUCCUGUUAAGAUAGAGAAAUUAGAAGAUGGACAACCGGGUAAAUAUAAAGUAACAGCUAAAUCAACAACAACUGAUGAUAUUAUAGAAGAAGAAUAUAAUACAAUAUUAUUAGCUAUUGGUAGAGAUCCAUGUACAAGUGGUAUAGGAUUAGAAGCAGUUGGUGUUCAACUAAAUCCUAAGAAUGGUAAAUUAUUAUGUAAUGAAAAGGAUCAAACGAAUAUAGAUUAUAUAUAUGGUAUAGGUGAUAUAGUUCAAGGUGUACCAGAAUUAACACCAGUAGCAAUACAAGCUGGUAGAUUAUUAGUCAACAGAUUAUAUGAUAAUUCCAACACCCUUUGUGAUUAUCAGUCUGUAGCUACAACGGUAUUUACUCCAAUUGAAUAUGGUUGUAUUGGUUAUUCAGAAGAAGCUGCCCUGGAAAAAUUUGGAGAAGAAAAUAUAGAGAUAUACCAUUCUAAUUAUUAUCCUUUAGAAUGGACAGUACCACAUAGAGAAGAAAAUGUUUGUUAUGCUAAACUGAUAUGCCUUAUACCAGAAAAGGAGCGUGUAGUUGGAUUCCAUGUGCUUGGGCCAAAUGCUGGAGAAAUAACUCAAGGAUAUUCUAUUGCUAUGAGAAAAGGAGCAACCAAAGAAGACUUUGAUAUGACAAUUGGUAUUCAUCCCACUUGCUCAGAGAUAUUUACCACAAUGAAUAUAACAAAGAGAAGUGGGGGUGAUACGGCUGUAGCGGGUUGCUGAGGUUAAUUCCCUGUUGUCACUUAAAGAAAAACAUUUUCCUCUCUUAAAUAACAUGUACCAUCAUUCUUACAGUGAGAAAAUCAUAUCCAAUUCUAGAUAUCAAUUUAACUUAUUACAAAUUGUCUCUCAAUUUUCCGGUGAAAUUCAUUAAAUGUUUUGAUAUAUGAUAAAUUUACUGUUAAGAGAAUUCCUAUUUAAGAUUAGUGUAUUUUGUUUUUCUUGAUGACAACAGGGGUCAAAUUGACCAGGUCAUGUUGAGGACAGGUGCACAGAUGUAUGUGCUGUAUGAUAGAUUUGUUCUGAAACCUACCUGUAGGGUGAACAAAACUUGAUGAUACCUAUCUCCAAAACAUGGCGUUUAUGAAAAGGACUUUAAAAUUUUCAAAGAAACACAUUGAUUACUGGUUACAAAUGUUAACUUUUGUAUAACUUCUGAAACAUUGUCUUUAAAUAUUUACUCGAAAAUAAUUUUCAAAUCCGUCCACUCAAAGCAAAGAUUAUACAGAGGUUUGAAAAGCUUGGUUUCUAAUUAUCAAGUAUUGUUAGUGUAUUGUCCCAUUCCUGUUGCAACGCAGCAGCAAGUUCUUGGACAUUGGCAGGACGUUGUUGACGUUGACGUAACCUCUGUCCAAGCAUGUCCCAGACAUGCUCGAUGGGGGAGAGGUCGGGACUCAGUGCUGGCCAAGGUAAUGUGGUGAUGUUCUGUUGUUGGAGGUAACCUGUAACGAUCCUGGCCCUGUGACAUCUUGCAUUGUCAUCCUGGAUGAUGAAACGGCGGCCAUGACGUCGUGCGAACGGCACAACAUGGACUGCCAAGAUGUUGUCCCGGUAGUACUGGCCUGUAACACGCCCUGCAACAACAUGUAAAGCUGUUCUUCCAGCUAGUGAUGCCUCCCCACACCAUAACAGAACCACCCCCAAAUCGAUCAUGUCUGAUGACGUUAACGUCUUGGAAGCGCUCGUUUCGACGACGCCAAACCCUCCUACGUCUGUCCAAAAAAUCAACAGUGAACCUCGACUCAUCUGAAAACAUCACAUUGCUCCAGUGUUGACGAUCCCUACACCAACGACGUCUUGCCUGAAUGUGAUGAUCUCUCAAACAAGGGAUCACGCGAGGACGUCGGGCGCGAAGGUGACCCCUAUGUAGUCAAUUCCGAAUCGUCUGGCCACUCACUCUCACACCAGUGUCUGUUUGAAGACGAGCGCUGAUCUGAUUUGCUGUGAUGACAUGAUUUCUCAAGGCCAAGGUACGGAUAAAUCGAUCCUGGGCUUGAGUUGUCGCCCUUGGUCGACCUGAGCGUGGUCUGUCCUGUACAGAUUGUGUAUCACGGUAUCUGGACCAUAGCCUGCUUAUGACAGACUGAGAAACAUUCAUCGUCCGCGCCACAAGUCAGAGUCGUGCAAAUCUUGGGUUGGACCCCCAUGAUGAUCCCAAGCAUCACCUGCAUUCCAUGCAGUAGCUAUUGGUGCGUUUGGGCGUCACAUGUAACUGGAAAUGUUUCUUCUGUUAGGUUCUAUAGUGACUUUUUUCGUAGUCAUUUGCAUAUUUUAGUAUUAUGCCCCCAAAAUCAAAUAUCCCCUACUUUUUUUGAAUAGUAUAUAAUAAUGUAAGUUUUUAAGUCUUUUCCAUCCAAUGCAAUCUAAUUAAAAUUAGAUCUUUUUUUGUUUGUUUCAUUUUAAAUAUUUGUUAGUCGACACUAUAUUAAGAUUUGUCUACUUCUCUAUUAGGUGCUUGUUCUCGUUGGAAUCUUACUUAAGCCAUCAUGAUUGGCUAAAACUGUUACUAUCGAAGGAAAAGCAUCUAUUCAAUUGAACACAAAUUUCACUGUGCGGUAGUUUAAAUGUUAGCAUGAAAUAAGAAACAAAAGAAUGAUUUAAUUCUAAUUAGACUGACCAUUAAUCAUGAUAUUAGUUUAUAAAUAUUUUAGUGUCUUAAAAUUGUAUAAUUGUAAAUAAUUUAGUUUAAGAAAAGUGAUGUGAUAGAAUAAAUAAAUGAUAUACAGAAUACUGUAACUGUUUUUGUUUGUACCUUUUACUCGGACGUUUCUUAAAAAGUGGUUGUAGCCUCAGGGUAAUAGAUAUGAAAAUAAAUAUUCUGGGUUGCCUUAUAAUUAGUGCUACAUUUUGUUUGAUUUCUAAAAUCACUUUUUUUUGUCUUGUUAAGACUGACCUAAAUAAAAAUAUAGCAUUAGAGUAGUGAACUUUUAGGGAUUCUUUUUUGUUAACUGAUUAGUGAAUACAAAUAUUUUGAGUAUAAAUAUUGAAAAUAUACCCAUUCAUAAUUAUCUGCGGAUGUAAAUUAAUUUCUUUUUAGAAUUUACCAGUCUUAAGAGAUAAAUUAUGAAAGUGUACAGCAGUUUUUGGAAAUAUAAGGAAAAUUUGUCAAAGUUUAUUAUACCAGAAUGUUUGACAACGAAACUUCCAUAACAGUACAACAGCAGCUCAAAAACUGUUUUAUCAUAUAAUUGCUGCUAGAUUUCUUUCUAUUUACCUGUAUCAACUGUAGAAGUCUUUUCCAAAAUGAUGCUUUACCUUUCCCACAAAACAUUUAUAACAUCACUAUUUAAUUUGAAUAAUUUUGAAUUUGUUAAUUUUAAAGAAAAUUGAUAGUUUUUCCCCAUAAUACCACCUUAGAAAAGAAUUCUGCAGCUAUAUUUUUUUAUAUACUGGUUUGCUGAUUGCUAAUUUAUUAUAGGAAUUUAGAGAAAUAAAGUCGUCAAUUUUAC